AUCAUUGUGCCAGCAGCAAUAGCAGAGGGAGUGAACAAUAUCUCGAAGUGUAUUUUCUUACACAUUACUUCGAAUAACGUUCAUGGCCUUAAAAUGCAGAACUCCAAGGCCAAAAUGGACGAGUUCAAAACAAAAUUUAUGGACCUGCUGCACAAACAGACGAACCGACAAAUGAAAAUUCCAGCUAUGGGAUUUUCCGACUAUUUCAUACAAACUGUCACAGCCGAUACCUUAUCUGCUACAGCCGUAGCCGCAACUGCCACAGCGCCAUCAACAGUCAUUAAUGAUAGCGAUGACCCAACUGCAGGAGACCCAGGAUCAGCGCAUGCACAAAAAUCCGACCAGGAAAUAUUGGAAAGCAUUGAGCCAUGUUACUAUAUGUCUGAUAGAAAUCCCCAGCUGUACGAACUGAAGAAGGUGCUUAGUGCUGGCGUCGACUACGAACUUAUCGAAAGGACUAUAUCACAGUUACGCACACAGCAGAAAGUUCUGAACAAACAGGUGCUGCAAAAUAUACUGGAGCAACGGAAUGCAUGUAGCAACGAGUUCGUUGCCAUCAAUGACACACAAAAGAAAUUGGAGGAGUCACUGUGGACCUGCCAAAAAGCGCGCUCCUAUCUAAAUUACGCGCGCACGAAUCUGACAACGACCAGCCUUGAAAUUCUCGCAUCCUAUCGCAAGCGAGAAGUGCUCAAGGAUGUGCUCGACACGCUGUGCGCCAUCAAGAAGCUGCACACCACGGAUGUCGAGGUACAGAAGCUGCUUGUGGAGCACAACUAUUCUGGCGCCAUCGCGCUGCUACUUCAGUGCAAGAGCUCGGCCGAGGAGUUCCUGGAGUACACAUGUGUUCAGUCGCUGCACAAAAAGCUGCAGGAAACCAUGAUGCUCAUGGAGUUUCAGCUGGACACGGUCCUCAACGAAAUGGUGUUGAAUUUUGACAUGCGCAAGUAUGCCAAGCUGCAGGAGUCCUACAAGCUGCUUAACAAGUCGCUUAUCGCCAUGGAUCAGCUUCACAUCAACUACAUUUCGGCCAUACACUCCUCGGUGAAUGCCGUACUUCGUGGCUACAACGAUCCGCAUGCGGAUGAGCAUGUCAAGUUGCUGUACGAACAGAUGUGCUGUCAGCUGACCGCGGACAAGAGCAUUCCUUGUUUGAUUAGCUUAUGUAAGACAUUCUGGACCAUACUGGCAUCGUACUAUCAGGUUGUAAUGUGGCACAACAACUACAAAUUAUAUCCAAGCGAAGCCGAGUCCCCUGACUUGUACAUACAGGAAAAGCUGAAAAAGGGCCAGUCGCGUAUAUGGAACGAUAUACUGACGAAAGUCUGCAUCUUCUUGCAGAGUGCUCACCUGAUGACGCUCAAGUAUGACCAGUUCAUACAGGUGCUGUCAAUUGUUCAACGCCUGAAAAAGGUGGGCAUUGAGUUCUGCGGAGAGCAGUCGGAGAAACUAAUCGAGACUAUGCAGCAGGAGAGCGAAGAGUUCUUUCGACGCUAUCACAUCUCAUGCGUAGAGGAAAUUUGUCUUUUUCUGGACAACGAAUCCUGGACUGCUGUCGAUUCGUUUGCACACAUUUUGCAGCUACCGGAGUUCCGUUCAGUGCGCCACACGUUGCGUCGCCACAAGUCGCCGCCAGUGGCACUGCUCGCAUCGUCCAGCUCGGCAAACAACUCGCCGAUUAGUAACAAUAACUGCGACGAACUGGUCUCUGUGCACUCACAGGAAGGUGGCAGCUCUAUCUAUGGUUCCUAUGGUUACUUUUUGCGUUUCUCCGAGAAGAGUUCGCCCUUUGAUGGCGGCUUGGAUCCGGCCAUGCUCGAAGAGGACAUUCUAUCUGGCAUUGUUGACGAAGCAUCAUGCUACUUUAGUGAGGAGAGCGACGAAGAACAAAAGAGUCUGCAGAGCAAGGAAUUUGACGACUCCAGCCAACUGCUGGUGAACAACACGGCCCUCAAUGUCCUCCGCUGCAUUGGCCGCUAUUUGCAAAUGUGCAAACUGCUGCACUGCAUCUCGCCCAAGAUAAUCGCGUCCAUGUUGGAGCUGCUCGACUUCUACGCCUAUGCCGUGCACGAUAUUUUUGCGAAGGAUGCUAUUGUGCCCAUUGGCAGCUUAUACACGCCCCGUUUGGAGCAGCGAUUUCGUGCCGUAGAGAAAAAUGUUUUAAAACAAAUCAAGAUGUGGCCCCUCAACUUUUCAUCGCUGGCCAACAAUGAGCUGGCUAAUCCGGACACCCUGUACGGCUUGCAACAGCGCAUUGUUGCCGUGGAGGCCGGCCAAAGCAUGCUUCAGCAGUUUCAGACGUUGAAGCACUAUUUAAAUCAUUUGCUGCCAACGAACGAGCGUCCAAUGCUGGCCAGCUAUCUCGAAUACGAAGAUUUCAUGGCGGAUGUGGCCAAACCCGUUUACAUAUGCGUCACUUCGCACAUAAUCGAUUUGUCAGCAGUGCUCGCUCAGAUGGCUAAGGUCAAAUGGGAUGUGAAUCAUGUGAUACAUCAGCACAGCAGCUACAGUGAUGUUAUGAAUCGCAAUAUACAGAAUUUUGCCAUGCGCCUAGAGGAAAUAGCCAAAGAGGUGCCCAUACCCAACACACACGUCUGGAACUCGAUGGCCCAUGUAGCUACGCAUUUGCUUGUUGAGGGCUUCUCCAAUGUGAAAAAAUGUUCGGCCGGCGGACGGGCGCUCAUGCAAUUGGAUUUUGCGAACUUCAUGUCAUUCCUAGAACUAAUAUCCAACCAGAAGUUUCCACAAUAUGGCGCCUAUGUGGAUGUCUUUGUCAAAACCUAUUAUUUCUCCGCCGAGCAGUUCGAGCAAUGGAUCAAGGAACAGCGCCAUGGCGAACUGUAUUCUGUUAAGCAAUUAACGAAUCUCAUAAACUGCAUCUGUGGUAGUGACAAGCGCACAAAGCAGAAGCUCUUACAGCUAUUAGACGACUGCAAUAAUGCAAUGCAACACGGUCCCACAUCAGCUCACAACACCGGAUCGUCCACCUCGAAUCUGAGCAACGUCAUUUAGGCAUGCACCACACGGUCCCUGACCUUCUCCCGCCCCCCAGGCUUACGAAAUAACCUCCCCACAUAGUUUCCAUCCCAUACGAACCCACGACAGGAGCUCCUACCCAACACAAUUUAUAAAACCAACUAAUGUUAUGUAUGUUAAUUAAUUGUAUCUUUUAUGUUUUGGUCUAACCCGCACGGGUUUCAAUUGUUUUUAGCUAAAUCUUUUAACAUUCUGUAUAGAACAUUCCGUUUAGUGCAAUUUUAUUUGAUUAUAUCGAUUGGUUUUUAUUUAUUUUUACUUAUGCAUAUUUAUGUAAUUGAUUACUUAAGGAUCUCCACGUAUGUACUUCAAUUCGAAUUCCUUUACAAUUCCGAAUCUCUAUCUAAAUUUGAUUCUCUGUCUCUCUCUCUCUCUCUAUAUAUAUACAUAUAUCUCUCUCCCAUUUUGGCGUUUGGACAGCGCCUUUCUCGCUCUUUUUUACAAUAAGCGAUAUUCUUUGCACUUGUUUUUUGUAUUCAAUUUUAACAACUUCAGUACCUAGAAAAGCUAGAUGUGUAUAUAAACGAGUAUAUAUAAUAUAUAUAAACCUAUAUAUUAACUGAUAAACGAAAAGUAUUUAUUUUAAUAAUUACGUGUAAUAUUUAUUUGCAACAGGAAACGGACAAAUAAUGUUAGUAACUAAAAGUAAUAAAGCAAACAUAUGACACAUACACAUAUACUCU